GCGCUGGCAAGAUUGAGGACAGUGGAGAGAGAGGGGAAGAGAACCAGUCCAACAGUCUCCAGGCUGCGCAGCCAGCCCCAGAGUGACUGACCGUGGGCCCCGCUUGUCCUGGCUGGCCUGGCCAGCCUCCGGAGUAUGGUCUGGCUGGGACCCCCUUGGCUGCUCCGCAUCUUCUUCCUGGCUUCUCAUGUUGGCGCCGCGGUGGACCUGACGCUGCUGGCCGACCUGCGCCUGACCGAGCCCCAGCGCUUCUUCCUGACCUGCGUGUCCGGGGAGGCCGGGGCGAGCCGGGGUUCGGACGCCUGGGAGCCCCCGCUGCUGCUGGAGAAGGACGACCGCAUCGUGCGCACGCCCCGGCCCUGGCAGCCCCCGCACCUGGCCCGCAACGGCUCGCGCCAGGUGACCCUGCGCGGCUUCUCGCAGCCCUCGGACCUGGUGGGCGUCUUCUCCUGCGUGGGCGGCGCGGGGCCGCGGCGCACGCGCGUCCUCUACGUGCACAACAGCCCGGGAGCGCACCUGUUCCCGGACAAGGUCACACACACGGUGAACAGGGGGGACACGGCUGUGCUUUCGGCACGUGUGCGCAAGGAGAAGCAGACAGAUGUGCUCUGGAAGAGUAACGGAUCCUAUUUCUAUACCCUGGACUGGCACGAGGCCCAGGACGGGCGGUUCCUCCUGCAGCUCCCAGAUGUGCAGCCAUCAGCGAGUGGCAUCUACAGUGCCACCUACCUGGAAGUCAGCCCCCUGGGCAGUGCCUUCUUUCGGCUCAUUGUGCGAGGCUGCGGAGCAGGGCGCUGGGGACAAGACUGCAGCAAGGAAUGCCCAGGCUGCCUGCAUGGAGGUGUCUGCCACGACCAGGACGGCGAGUGUGUGUGCCCCCCUGGAUUCACUGGUACCCGCUGUGAGCAGGCCUGCAGAGAGGGCCGUUUUGGGCAGAGCUGCCAGGAGCAGUGCCCGGGCACAUCAGGCUGCCGGGGCCUCACCUUCUGCCUCCCGGACCCCUAUGGCUGUUCUUGCGGAUCUGGCUGGAGAGGAAGCCAGUGCCAGGAAGCCUGUGCCCCAGGUCGUUUUGGGGCCGACUGCCGCCUCCAGUGCCAGUGUCAGAACGGCGGCACCUGUGACCGCUUCAGCGGCUGCGUCUGCCCCUCGGGGUGGCAUGGAAUGCACUGCGAGAAGUCAGACCGGAUCCCCCAGAUCCUGGACAUGGUUUCAGACCUGGAGUUCAAUUUGGAGACGACGCCCCGGAUCAGCUGUGCGGCCGCGGGGAACCCCUUCCCAGGACGGGGCAGCAUGCAGCUCCGCAAGCCGGACGGCACGGUGCUCCCGUCCACCAAGGCCAUUGUGGAGCCAGAUAGGACCACAGCCGAGUUUGAGGUGCCCCGCUUGGCUCUUCAGGACAGUGGGCUCUGGGAGUGCCGCGUGUCCACGUCUGGUGGCCAAGACAGCCGACGCUUCAGGGUCAGUGUUAAAGUGCCCCCAGUGCCCCUGAGCGCCCCCCGGCUCCUGGCCAAGCAGAGCCGCCAGCUCUUGGUCUCGCCGCUGGUCUCCUUCUCUGGGGACGGACCCAUCGCCUCCGUCCGCCUGCACUACCGGCCCCAGGACAGCACCAUGGCCUGGUCCACCAUCGUGGUGGACCCCAGUGAGAACGUGACCUUGGUGAACCUGAGGCCGAAGACAGGCUACAGCGUCCGCGCGCAGCUGAACCGGCCAGGGGAAGGCGGGGAGGGGGCCUGGGGGCCUCCCGCCCUCAUGACCACCGACUGUCCUGAGCCCCUGUUGCAGCCACGGCUGGAGGGCUGGCAUGUGGAGGGCCCCGACCGGCUGCGAGUGAGCUGGUCCUUACCCUCGGUGCCGGGGCCACUGGUGGGCGAUGGUUUCCUGCUGCGCCUGUGGGACGGGGCCCGGGGACAGGAGCGGCGGGAGAACGUCUCGUCCCCCCAGGCCCGCACCGCCCUCCUGACGGGACUCACGCCUGGGACCCACUACCAGCUGGACGUGCGGCUGUACCACUGUACCCUCCUGGGCCCAGCCUCACCCACUGCGCGCGUGCUUCUGCCCCCCAGCGGACCCCCAGCCCCCCGACACCUCCACGCCCAGGCGCUUUCAGACUCGGAGAUCCAGCUGGUGUGGCAGCGCCCAGAGGCUCCGGCUGGGCCUAUAUCCAAGUACAUCGUGGAGGUGCAGGUGGCCGGGGGCUCGGGAGACCCGCUGUGGAUGGACGUGGACAGGCCCGAGGAGACGAGCACCAUCGUCCGCGGCCUCAACGCCAGCACGCGCUACCUGUUCCGCGUGCGGGCCAGCGUCCAGGGCCCCGGUGACUGGAGCAACGUGGUAGAGGAGUCCACGUUGGGCAACGGGCUGCAGAGCGAGCGUCCCGUCCAGGAGGUGCAGGCCGUGGAAGAGGGCCUGGAUCCGCAGCUGGUCCUGGCUGUGGUGGGCUCGGUGUCCGCCACCUGCCUCACCAUCCUGGCUGCCCUCUUAACCCUGGCGUGCAUCCGCAGGAGCUGCCUGCAUCGCAGACGCACCUUCACCUACCAGUCGGGAUCGGGCGAGGAGACCAUCCUGCAGUUCAGCUCAGGCACCUUGACACUGACCCGGCGGCCAAAACCACCGCCUGAGCCCCUGAGUUACCCGGUGCUGGAGUGGGAGGACAUCACCUUUGAGGACCUCAUUGGGGAGGGCAACUUCGGCCAGGUCAUCCGGGCCAUGAUCAAGAAGGACGGGCUCAAGAUGAACGCGGCCAUCAAGAUGCUGAAAGAGUACGCCUCUGAAAAUGACCAUCGUGACUUCGCGGGAGAACUGGAAGUACUGUGCAAAUUGGGGCAUCACCCCAACAUCAUCAACCUUCUGGGAGCCUGUGAGAACCGAGGUUACUUGUAUAUCGCUAUCGAAUAUGCCCCCUAUGGGAACCUGCUCGAUUUUCUGCGGAAGAGCCGCGUUCUGGAAACUGACCCAGCUUUUGCCCGGGAACAUGGAACAGCCUCCACCCUCAGCUCCCGGCAGCUGCUGCGUUUUGCCAGUGAUGCUGCCAAUGGCAUGCAGUACCUGAGCGAGAAACAGUUCAUCCACAGGGACCUGGCUGCCCGGAAUGUGCUGGUUGGAGAGAACCUGGCCUCCAAGAUCGCAGACUUCGGCCUUUCUCGAGGGGAGGAGGUUUAUGUGAAGAAGACGAUGGGGCGUCUCCCCGUGCGCUGGAUGGCCAUCGAGUCCCUGAACUACAGCGUCUAUACCACCAAGAGUGACGUUUGGUCCUUUGGGGUCCUCCUCUGGGAGAUCGUGAGCCUCGGGGGCACCCCGUACUGUGGCAUGACCUGCGCCGAGCUCUACGAGAAGCUGCCACAGGGCUACCGCAUGGAGCAGCCCCGCAACUGUGACGAUGAAGUGUACGAGCUGAUGCGCCAGUGCUGGCGGGACCGUCCCUACGAGCGACCUCCCUUUGCCCAGAUCGCGCUGCAGCUGGGCCGAAUGCUGGAAGCCAGAAAGGCCUACGUAAACAUGUCACUGUUUGAGAACUUCACGUACGCGGGCAUCGAUGCCACGGCGGAGGAGGCCUGAGCCGCUGUCAGGCCAGAACCUGGCUCUGCUGGCCAGAGCAGACUCGGCUCUCCAACCUGUGACUUCUGCUCCUUGUCGCCUGAACUGCCUCAAGGAAUUGUUUUUUAACUUAAGGGAAAAAAAAGAGGGAUCUGGGGAUGGGAUGGGAUGGGAUGGGAUGGGGGGCGUUGGGGCCUCAACCUUUGCCAUUGCUCCUGCUGCCCCUGCAUUGCUUACCCCUCCCCUCACACCUCUCCUCCUAGUUCAGCUGCUGCACGUUUGUGCUCUUCAGCUCCCUGCACUCGAACACCUGCUGCUUCAGCCCCUCCAGCCAAGCCAACCCUCACACCCCUAACAAGUCCUGUUCCGCUGCGCCCCACCCCCAGCCUUGUAAUCAGAACAAAUAAAUGUCCUGAGACGCUC